AAGUGGUUUCACGUUUAGCUCACUGCUUCUGUUUCCACUUUACUGUUUGUGCCACAACAGAUACAUUUUAAAGUCUUUCGAGGAAGUGGACAAUUCUCUGACGUGUCUGUGGGAACUUUGGCGGACUUCGCGGUUUGGAGACUGUGCUUGCGUGUUUACUUCCGAUACAUUGUUAAUGUUAGAGCGCUGACUUUGUUACAAUGUAUCGAAGCUAACACUAGCAUUCAGACACUGUUGUUUGUAUGCUGCCGUCAGCUGCACUUAAUAACUUGUUUUGGUAGUUUUACGUGAAAUUACAGGAAAAACUGCCUAAUGUACCUAAUGAACGAGGUAUUUACUACACAGUCAUGUUUCGGUGUAGUCUUUUGUAAAGUUUGCUGCCUCUUUUUAUAAGCUGGAUAGUCUCGGGUGCAGUUUUCAUCUGAUGUCUCAAUAAUCUAUGGAUGAUGUCCUGAGAGAGCACUCUGUUUUUAUGUGCUACAGGACGUGUAAAUUAGUUGGUAGUUUAUUAGCUUUUUGCCAUGGCCAGUGCCUUAGCAGCUAAGAUGGGCUUUAACUCGCUUUUGAGAAAACCAGCUCGGAGCUUCAGCGUGAGGAUCUGCACCAUGGAGUCCGACAUGGAGUUCAGCUGUGAGGUGAAGUGGAAAGGGAAAGACCUUUUUGACUUGGUGUGUCGGACUCUGGGACUGAGGGAGACGUGGUUCUUUGGCCUCCAGUACAACAUCAAAGACACUGUGGCUUGGCUGAAGAUGGAGAAGAAGGUUCUGGAUCAGGAAGUUCCAAAAGAAGAACCUAUCACCUUUUACUUCAUAGCUAAGUUUUACCCAGAAAAUGCCGAAGAAGAGCUUGUGCAAGAUAUCACACAGCAUCUCUUCUUCCUCCAGGUGAAGAAGAAAAUCCUGGAGGAAGAGAUCCACUGUCCCCCUGAAGCGUCGGUACUCCUGGCCUCCUACGCUGUCCACGCUGAGUACGGCGAUUACGACCCCGAUGUUCACAAACCUGGAUUUUUGGCAGAGGAGGAACUGCUGCCAAAAAGGGUGAUCAACUUGUACCAGAUGACUGCAGAAAUGUGGGAGGAGAGGAUCACGGCUUGCUACGCAGAGCACAGAGGCAGGACGAGGGAUGAAGCCGAGAUGGAGUACUUAAAAAUAGCUCAGGACCUGGACAUGUAUGGCGUCAAUUACUUUCUAAUCAGGAAUAAAAAGGGAACCGAUCUCCUCCUGGGAGUGGACGCCUUGGGACUGCACAUCUACGAGCCGGACAACAGGCUGACGCCCAAAUGCUCCUUCCCCUGGAACGAGAUCCGCAACAUUUCUUACAGCGACAAAGAGUUUACCAUCAAACCUUUGGACAAGAAAACCAACGUUUUCAAGUUCAACUCUUCACGGCUGAGAGUCAACAAGUUGAUCCUCCAGCUGUGUAUCGGGAACCACGACCUGUUCAUGCGCCGGCGGCGGGUCGACUCACUUGAAGUGCAGCAGAUGAAGGCGCAAGCCAGAGAAGAGAGGGCCAGGAAACAGGUGGAGAGGCAGCGUCUGCAGAGGGAAAAGCAGCUGCGGGAGGAGGCCGAGCGAGCCAGGGACGAGCUGGAGAGGAGGCUCAUUCAGCUGCAGGACGAGGCUCACAUGGCCAAUGAGGCACUGCUGCGGUCUGAGCAGACGGCAGACCUGCUGGCCGAGAAGGCGCAGAUCGCGGAGGAGGAGGCCAAGCUGCUGGCCCAGAAAGCGGCCGAGGCCGAGACGGAGAUGCAGCGCAUCAAAGUGACCGCCAUCCGUGGCCAGGAGGAGCGCCGGCUGAUGGAGCAGAAGAUGCUGGAGGCAGAGAUGUUAGCCCUCAAGAUGGCCGAAGAGUCUGAAAGGAGGGCCAAGGAAGCCGAGCAGCUGAAGCAGGACCUGCAGGAAGCCAGGGACUCGGAGCGCAGGGCCAAGAACAAGCUGCUGGAGAUUACCAGCAGGACCGUCUACACGUCAACAGCAGCAGCGCCUGGCGGCAUGCCUCAAGAGCUGAGCUUCAGCAGGGAGAACCUCAGCUUCGACUUUAAAGACACAGACAUGAAACGUCUCUCCAUGGAGAUCGAGAAAGAGAAGGUGGAGUACAUGGAGAAGAGCAAGCACCUGCAGGAGCAGCUGAACGAGCUCAAGACCGAGAUCGAAAGUCUGAAGCUGAAAGAGCGGGAGACUUCUCUGGACAUCAUCCACAACCAGAACACGGAGCAGGGAACCAGCAAGCAGAGCAACUUCAAAAAGCUGACGCUGCAGAGCACCAAGUCCAGAGUGGCCUUCUUCGAGGAGCUUUGAGCCACAGACCCGUGGACAUGCGGACCCUCAACUGCCAAGAGCCUCCUCCGCAUAUUUACAUUCCUGGUUAGUAAAAAAGAAAAUACUGAACGCACCUCGAAGGCCUUGGAGAAAUUCAAACACUACAUAGCAUGAAGAGAAAUGACCGCUGCCUCCAUCUGCACCUCCUCACGCACAAACCUGAUGCUCCUGCACCAACGCCAGGCCCAUGACAAGUGUGUUUACAGUGAGAGAGUGUGUGUGUGUGAUAGAACACAUUCUCCAGGGAUACUGAAGUGAGCUGGUGUGUGGGUGAUUUAGUAAUGACA